UUUCUCCCUCUUUACCAGAGCACUCAUCUCCUUCCUCAAGACUACUUCAAGAACAAUGUCAAGGGCUCCGAUAUUCAUCAAGGAUUUGGUCAAAGGAAACCAAGUUUGGAAGAUGCAGAUAAGGGUUGUUGAUUUGUGGGUCGUUAAGGAGAAAACCGGACAGAAACACGUCGAGUUGGUUAUUCAGGAUGUGAAGGGCGAUCAAAUUCACGUCACCACCCGGAGCCGAGAUUUCAAAGAUUGGAUUGAUCAAGUGAAAGAACAUGAAACAUAUACACUUCAUAAUGGAGAGCCUGUUGUUAAUGAUGGAGCCUUGAAAGUUUGUUCUAACCCACUCAAGAUUGUCUUCAAUGGAGGGACUGCCAUGACAAAUGUUGCGUUUCCCGACAUACCCCAUCACAAAUACAACUUUCACCCUAUAGAGAACUUUCUCAAAGGAAGCUUCAAGCCUGAUAUGCUUUAUGGUGAGUAUGCAAGUUAG